GAUGGCCUUGGAAGGUGCUGCCAAAAAGAAAAACAAAAUGUGCGUAUAUAGUCGCAUAAUGUUGUGGGAUGUUUACUGUUAAACCAUUUUUUUCCUGAGAUUGCCUGCAGGAUAAAAGAACAACAUUGCAGCAAUUGCUUAGAUAUGGCAUUUCGUACGGUGGGAGCUGCACAACUACCAUCGGAGGUAUGGGUCCACGUGUUUGGAUAUCUAUCAACAACAGACAAACUAAACAUUAGAUCAUGCUGCAAAUAUUUCAAAAAAAUGGUUGACCACUGGUCCCUUUGGAAAGGCAACACAGUGGUGCUUAAAAAGCUGUGUGCCUACACCUCGCAGUUCUGGACAACUCUUCGCCGCAGGAAAAUCAGCUCAGUUGUUGUACAGAAGGCAAGUUUGAAAGAAUGGAAACAGCUUGCCCUAUCCCUCCCUUGGCUCACCACAAUAGCCGUGGAGAAUUGUUUCGACGUGAAAGCCUUUGAAAUUCUCAAGCAAUUUCAUAAUUUGAAGAGGCUGGCUAUUCGCAGGUGUCGCUGUGGCCAGGGACUGUCUGAUGCAAUUGUGCCUCUGCAGCAAGUGACUCAUUUUAGUGUGUGCGAGAUGCACUGUGCUCCAAGAUCAGAUAUUGUUAGUGCUGUCUCAAAGCUCUCCCACCUGACGUCUCUACUCUAUCACGAAGGCAAUCAUCCUAUCCCAAGACAGAUAUUCCACCUAAUGCUUAACCGCUUGCCACAUCUGAAGCAUCUGUCUUUGAAAAUGGGAACACAACAUGGCUCUCUCCCAGAUGAUUAUUUUAAUAUUUAUAAAACAAAUGGCUUUCCAGAUGAUCCACAGGUCGGCCAACCUGGCUUGACCAGUCUGGAGCUGCUUGACUACAUGGACCCCACCUUACCUGAAGAGGCGCUGAAGUGCCUCCCCUCCCUGCAGAGUCUAGCUGUGGACUACAGAGACAGGGACGUGGAUCCCAGCAGGUGCCACCUGAAAACAUGGCUGAGGGAACUCCCUCAACUGGCAGUUCUCAACAUCGCAAAAGGCCAUCCCGUCAGUGCUUAUGCUCACUCCAUUCCCAACACAGUGACCAGUUUAACUCUGCAGCGGGUGAUGGUGGAGCAGAAGGACAUGAAGGCUCUAGGGAAACAGGCUUCAGGCCUCUUGUAUCUGCACUUUGAUCCAUGCAGCUAUAACAGCAGCAGCAGCAUCGGAGAGAUCCCCAAACUAUUCCCCCAGCUCAUGACCCUUAAAAUGCGACACUACAAUGUAUCAGAGAAGGAGUUCUUGAGCCUCCAACAGUUGAAGCAUUUGGAGCAGUUGGAGAUCCUUGAUGCACACAGUCCUAGUCCUCACCUUCUGCAGCUGAUCCACAAGCUGCAGGUCCUGACCAACCACAGAACCCAAAUCAUCCAUUCUCUGGGCCCGAGAGAUCCCACAACCUGCUACUGUACUCACUACUAACAUUAAGACUAAAAGGAAGUGAACACUGGUAGACUGUAGCCCAUGUUUUCAACAGCACAUGUUUAACAUGUGAAAUUAUACAAAACUGCUUGUUCAUCAUUUUAGGUACGUUUGCGAUGCCAAAAAAGGAAACAGCUGAAAUUAUGAGGACGUUUAGUAAGUCAAUACCUCUGAGUUCAGUAGUCAACAGACUCUUUGUAUAGAGCAAAACAACAAACGGUUCAUAACACAGGAACAGCCAUUUUAUGCAAUACUUUUUGUUUGAAUCUGUUAUGUACCCUUGAUUGGGUUAAACAGAAUACAUGAUUGUGCACAAAAACAACUUUUUUGAUGAAAGAAAAUACAAUUGACAAUACAAUUAGCUUAUCAGUUCUAAGAUUGAUUAAAGACGCAUGUUACAGUUGAAAUACUGAAAUCUCUCUUGUUGAACACAACUACUAUUGAAUCGAUGUGUUGAGUCUCCAGUGAUUGUGCACCUCAUCCCGUCUUCUACUAUGUUGCCUCAAGAGGGCAGUAAACACACAUGGCAAAGAGUCGGUCUGUCAAUAACUUCCUGUUGCCUGUUGGAGCACAUUGCAUUGCUAACUUUGUGAUCGUCCAGAGAGUUGCAUUUUAGAAGCUGCAUACCCCUCCACAUAUCCCACCUGUGUUGAAUUAAAUUAGGAAUUGCCCUGGCAA